UUGGGUUACUCUGUCCUCCUUUCCAUGGGUCUCCAUCUCUUAAUUCACUUACUUGCCUUGUUCUUCCUUUGCCUUACUUGCUACCCAGACCCAUCGGCGCGACACUCUCCCACACAACAUCUCAUUAAACCCCCGUAUAUCCUCGCUCGCCCGCUCAGAUUUUCCCUCCGAAAUCUUUUCCUCUUGUCGUUUUGUUUUCCCUUCAUUUUGCACUCCUCCCUCCUCCCCUCUCCCCUCGCUCCACACUCCGCGGACCCAUUCGGAGUUGCCCUCAAACUCGUUUCUCUUCCCAACUCAAUAGAAGCCGCCUUCUCCCCCGACGUCUCAAGUUCAUCUUCAACGCGCCGCUUCGCUUUCAGCUGUCCUUCGUUUUUCUUCACGAAGCCACUGCUCGCUUUUGAUGAACAUUGCUCUACGGCUCUGUUGAUAUCUUUUCGCUUCUUGCUUCCCCGUUGUUGCUUGCUUAUAGCUUUAAUCUGGUUCGAUUUCUUGUUUCGCGCGAAACUUCGACUUCGAUCCCCCACCAUCGCCUACGCCUUGACGGUUGCACUCCAGACGCCUCUCAGUCACAUUCGCUUGACGCGGUUGCUGAGUCUUGAAUCGCAUUGCGCAGCGAUUCCAUUAUUCCGGGCUGGUCUCGAAUUUUGGUCAACAAGCAUCAUUCCCAUCAUUAUUUAUACUCGGAUCCAGGCUGCGCCUCGACCAUUUCAUUCUCAUUGAACCUGGCUAAAACUGUUGAUUGCACCGUCAUCCCUUGCUCGCCACAAGUUUCGAUUGCCAUCUGCCAGACUUUUCGGUUCGCUUCGCAACGACUCCCGGCCGUUGAGCGCCAUCGACUCGACUGACCAACCACGGUCACGUCACUAUAGACAACACUCACAGAGCCCAGCAAAAUGUAUCCGCAACACUCCACAAUGGCGCCUCAGAAGCCCGAAACCUUCAUGUUGAGUACUGAGGCUCAGCAAGCUCUGCCUCAUGAUGCCCAAGUUGCCCUGCAGCAAGUUGACAACUUGAAGUACUUCCUCAUCUCAGCCCCUGUCGACUGGCAGCCCGAUCAGUACAUUCGCCGAUUCUUGUUGCCAACUGGCGAAUAUGUCUCUUGCAUUCUCUGGAACAAUCUUUUUCACAUUUCUGGUACAGAUAUCGUGAGAUGCCUGUCGUUCCGAUUCCAGGCUUUUGGCCGUCCUGUCAAAAACUCCAAGAAGUUUGAGGAGGGCAUCUUCUCCGACUUGCGAAAUCUCAAGUCUGGAACCGACGCUUCUCUGGAGGAGCCAAAGAGCGCCUUCCUCGACUUUCUCUACAAGAACAACUGCAUCCGAACACAAAAGAAACAAAAGGUCUUUUACUGGUACAGUGUCCCACACGACCGUCUGUUUCUUGACGCGCUGGAACGCGAUCUUAAGCGUGAGAAGAUGGGCCAGGAAGCCACCACCGUUGCUGUCAGCGAACCGGCUCUGUCUUUUCAAUACGACUCGUCUCAGUCGCUCUAUGAGCAACUGACUAAGGCGCAGCAAGCCAACUCCUCCUCUUUCAGCGCCCAGCAGUCUGCUUUCUCUCAGAGCCAGUCCACCUCCCCAGUUAUGCGUGCGAUGGACUCGAUGCCUCCUCCCCCGACAAUGAUGCCACAGUCCAUGCCCCCUUUGGCGGAGGGGAUGGACGCAAUGGUACCUUAUGGCACGAUGGCGGUGCCUCACCCAAUGGCCCAAGCCGUCCCUGUCAAGAGGGAACCUGAUUUCACCCGUGUUCAGUACAACCAUAAUGGUGUCCCAAUCACUCAAGGGCACCAACGCCAUGCUUCAAUGCCUGCUUAUGGUCUCGAGUAUUCGCCAGCCCCUUCAUUCGUCUCCUCUCAGUACGAGGAUUACAGCAACCGAGGAAUAUCCUUUGAACCCAUUACGCCCCCUCAACAGGCUUUGGGUAUCUCAGCUGAGCCCGCGUAUAUCGCCAAUGAGGAGACAGGCUUGUACUCGGCCAUUCCUGACCAUAUGGCUAGCAUGAACGGUCUUAACGGCAUGGUUCAACUGCCACCUUCCAACUUGGCGGGCCCUCAGUUCUCUCGUCCCUAUGGUACAAACAACGUCUACUCUGUGAUCGAAGGUUCACCGACAUAUAAGCAGAGAAGACGGCGUUCAUCCAUUCCUCCAUCUAUGUCGGCAAUUACGACCCCAGCUGCUACUGCCCAAGCAGCCUCACACACACACUCUCACCGGCCUUCUGAGCUUCGCCGAUCAAUUUCUGCCUCAGUUGGCCCCGUAGCUGAAGGUGAUGAAUCAGCAGACAACUCGCCUCCCGGUCUCUCCUACAGCACCUCCACGGUUUCUGUCAACACCCAACACCACCAGAAUAUGUCAAGGCAUGGAACCCCGCUGUCGACUGUGGAAGGAAGCCCUGCUGCCCACUCAAUGGGCAUGCACCAGCAAGAGUUUCCUCACCUUGCUAGCGAGGAAUUUUCUGGUGAUGUCAAUGAUCAGCGCCGCUCUGUUCCUGCUCCCAACGGCGCUGUCAGACGUGCUCGCUCCGCGACCGUCAUGGAAGUUGGUCCAUAUCCUCAGAAGUCACACUCUUGCCCCAUUCCCACCUGUGGCCGUCUUUUCAAGCGUUUGGAACAUCUCAAGCGACAUGUGCGAACACAUACACAAGAGAGACCUUACAUCUGUCCCCACUGUAGUAAAGCAUUCUCAAGAUCUGAUAACCUGGCGCAACACAAGCGUACCCAUGGCCGUGAAGAUGGCGGAGAUGGUUCCUUGAACCUGUCAGGCGAGGAAGAUGAGGACUUCUCUGGUGAUGACCACCUUGGCUCACUCGAAGAAGCCUCACCACACUCUGAUAGCGCCUAUGUGACCGGCUCCCUGAACGCUGCUGCCCAUGGCUCAACCCCACCCUCAAGUAUGGCACCCACACAAUCAUAUAAUAGUCUCGAGACUCUCAGCAUGCCCAUGACAAUGAGCCAACCGGCUGCUAUCAACGCCAGCGGUAUGAUGUAACGGCAAACCUGCGUACGAAUUUGUCAUUUUAGUUGCGCUCAGAUCAUGACUUUAAGGGAUUUAUGGCUUCAAAUUUGGUGGAAAUUUGCAAUGGUUACAUGCACGCGCUGUCCUUGACCUUUCCUUUGUUUAUAUUUUAAAUUCUCCUUUACUUGGAAGCGCUUACAUGUGCUUAAAAUAUGGCCCCAAUAGAUUCAAACUCUUGUAACUUCUGGGAAGAUUCUCAUGCAGCUCAGAGUAUCACGAACGUAUUAAGUUGAAGUGGACUGAGGAAGCAUCUGUAUAUACAUGGUUCCUACUCCUUGAAUAAGGCUGUAUUUCUAGGCAUUAUGCCGGGGAGACUACUGACUAGGAAUGGUUACAUAUGGUAGAUCAAAAGAAGAAACUGUUGUUUUUUACAUGCCAUUUCAAAGGCUGCCGCUCGAAGUG